UAGUACUCGGGCGCGGAAAGCGUGUGUGUCAGAACGGGAAGGAGGAGUCGUGCGUGUUCUCUGGGUCCAGCACAGCAACGAUAUUGCGAACAAACGAUAACAUGGCUCGGGAUUGGAAACCAGGCGAUUUAAUCUUCGCCAAGAUGAAGGGUUACCCGCACUGGCCUGCAAGAAUUGAAGUCCCAGAUGGUGCAGUGAAGCCCUCCAACCUCAAGUUCCCCAUCUUCUUCUUCGGCACCCACGAAACUGCAUUUCUGGGCCCAAAGGAUAUCUUUCCCUACCAACCAAACAAAAGCAAGUAUGCGAAACCAAACAAGAGGAAAGGCUUCAACGAAGGAUUGUGGGAGAUUGAAAACAACCCCAAGGUUGAGCUCACUGCACCAAAGCCAACUCCGCCGAAAAAUUUCCUCGAUAAGUUUGGUGUCGCGAGCCCUGAAGACGAUAUGGACGACAAGGAAAUGGAAUCCAAAGUUCCAGGAAGUGAGACUAAGCUCGAGGCUGAAAAUAAGGAUGAGGAGGUGGAGGAGGAAGAGGAGGAGGAGGAGGAGGAAAGGUCUCAGGUUCCUGAGCAGGGUGCCCGUAACAAGGAUAGUGAAGCAGAGACAGAGAAGGAGGAUGCCUCAGCCCAACCAGCUAGUCCGUCUGCAGGUGAAGAUGGUCCUCGACGAAGAGGAAGGAAACCCAGAACAGAGAAGCUUCUGCAGCAAGGCAUUGGGAAUGAAGUUGAUCAGUCUGAGUUGGACAGGAAGCGCAAGAGGACAACCGAUGACAAGUCCAAAGGUGAAGAGGAGAGGAAGAGGGAUGACAGUAAAGGAAGAGACACUGAGGGCAAGGAACCUGAGGCUAAAAAGAAGAAGCAGAAAGAGGAUUCUUCUGGCUCUGACGAUGAAGAGAAAAACCGGAGCCGAAAAAAGCACAAUUCAGAAGUGGAUAAAGACGGGAGGCGGCGGAGAGCUGAAGAGUCGAGCAAAGACGAUGGAAGAAAAAAUGAUGAGAAAAUCGGUGCCAAGAAAAAAGAGAUGUCGACCGAUUUGAAACUCCAGAGGCUUCACACUGAAAUCAAGAUAUCACUGAAAAUCGACAACCCUGAUGUGAAGAAAUGCUUGGACGCCCUGGACGAGAUCGGCGCUCUACAGAUCACGACCCACCAGCUGCAGAAACACACUGAACUAUUUGUCACACUGAAGAAGAUUCGCAGAUUCAAGGCGAGUCAGGACAUCAUGGACAAAGCCACCAUGUUGUACAACAAGUUCAAGACCAUGUUCCUGGUGGGAGAGGGCGACUGCAUGCUCAGCCAGGUGCUCAACAAGUCUUUGGCGGAGCAGCGCCAGUACGAGGAAGCGAAGAAGAGAGUGGAGCAAGCCAAGGAAAACAACCAAGACAAGACGGCUGACGGAGAUGCAAGCCCUGAAGACAAAGCGCGGGAGAGCGAGAAGAUGCAAGUUGAAGCUGCAGGACAAACGCUCAGUGUCUCCGAAAGUCUUGGGGAGUCGGUUUAAGAGUGCCAUCAUGCUGAAGGCCAGUCACGCUGCCACUCCACUGCUUUCCACCAAGCUCCUUAGGUUUUAGUUUGUGUGCCUGAGCUGUAAGUGAAUAGAAACUAAAUGAUGUUCCGCGACCGUAGUGCUCUCACGCCAUCAGCUUUCAACCAUACGUUAUUGAAAUUCAACUGUUCUAAAACCAGAAUUAGUCAAGCAUGUUGAAGUGUUAUUUUUAAUAUGUGACGUGUACAUAAGAGUAUUUUGUUGUCCGAGCUAUUAACAUGGAAUAAAGUUGCACAUGGAAGCUGGUCUUCAUACCACUGAGCAAUAACGGUAUCAAGUGGGACCCUAGUUUGGGUCUGUUGGGUCACAUUUAAGUUUUAAUAUGUCAAUAUAACUGUAGCUCAAAGUUUCAGAAGCAAGUGAUGCAUCAUGAGAAAAUGAAAAACUGAUGUUGUGACCACAUUUUGAGGGGAACAUAUCGGAUUGAUCCGGUGCAUACUGUUGAUGCAGUUGUACCAUGGAACCAAUACACAAUGGCAGGUGACACAUCGAAGCACAAUUUAUAUUUGAGUGAAGUGAAAUUUGAAAACAUGCUGGUAGAUAAUAAAAUAAAAUAAAAUCUGUUGAAAGUUUAGUUUGAAAGUGUGUAACACCUUUUGUUGGGAUUUCCUAGUCCUUGGCUUCAACCCCACAACUCAUAAGGCUGGAAAUUAAGAACAAUUUGGCCCACUACUUUAACUCUCAGGGUCUUCAAAGACAAAAAGUAUGUUCCAUGUGUAGCCAAAGUACUUGCGCUCAAGCUGUAGAGAAACAUCAGCUCCGCUCCAAGUGCCUUGAAGUAACUCUUGACACUCAGUCUUCUUGAAAAAAUAAAGUUUAUUUCUCUCCCCAACGUAACACAUGACUGCUUGAACAGAAGUUGCUUGAAAAUAAAUAGAUAAUUACGGGGUUCUAGUUGAAAGCUCCGCGGUCCACGUAGGCGAAGGCCUCGAACGUCCCCAGCUUGUUACCGUCCUUGUCGUAGUGCAGCAUUCGAAAACACUUGUCGCAAAAGAUACACGGAUCGCUCGGUGCAAAUUGGUCUUUGGUCGUGUACCACCUGCAAACAUUUCAUCCACCACGGGUUAGGGGUGUUGGAACCACUUCAAAGUCGACUCAUAUUCAGAGCCACUGAGACGACGUGUUCCAGGGCUCAAUGGAAGAUCAGGAAAAUGGCUUCUGACAUCAUUUAACUGAGCAUAACGUGGAAUACUUGAGGCA